AUGUCAAAACGAAGUUUGGAGGAAAUGGCGAGCAAAACAUCAACGACGAAAAGUCAGCAAGCCGAUGAGUUGGAAGAAUCAGGGACGAGUAGUACCAUUCCAACAAAAUCCAGAAGGAUGGUUCGAAGAAAAAAGGACAUCAAUUCUUCUUCAUCCUCUCUUUCAACAUUGGAUUCAAAAACUGUUUCUUCAAUUCCGAUGCCAUCAUCAUCAUUGACAUCCACAACUCAUCCAUCCACAACAAGUUCCGAUGAAAAAGAAUCUUCUUUAACACCUUCUUCUUCGACAAAUGCCAACACUAUCAAUCAUUCAACGACGACGGUUUUUCAAACCAAUCCUACGACAACUUUACAGAACUCUUCUUCGACACCUCACACAACACGUAAUCGUAAGAUGUCUGAGAAAGAGAUAUCCUCUUUGGAUCAAAAUUUUGGAAGACUAUUUUAUGCAUUCAAUUUACUCUAUCGAAGAGGUUUUACAGAUUUUUCAGUGGCUGCACUCAACGAGAAGUGUGGAGAAACUGGUGAACGUUUCACAUUAGAAUUAUUACAAACGAUUCAAUGUAUUGUUCCAGAGCUAUUUACAUUGUAUUAUAAUUAUCAGCAGCAAUUGUGUUUGGAAUUGAGAGAGGAUUUUGAGAAUAGAAAAUCUGUCAUUAUUGGACUGUGGAAAAAGAGACUCUCAAAUCCUGAGUUAAUUGACUGUAAAAAGCCACCAGUUAUUGAAAAACGAACGCUAGGCCUUAAUGAAAGCAAUCUUAGUAAGCAAAUUGUUUCACAGGAGUCAACAAGCAUGUUACCUCCACCGCCUCGACAGCAGCAACAAGAACAGAAAAAACAAACACUUUCUGAAAUGCUGAAGGAAAAUGAUAGGCGUGAAAUUGAAGAGCUAGCACGACAACAUUGGCUCACAAAAAAGUUUGAAAUUGACCGAGCAUGUGAAACGUUACUUUUAUUAUUUACAAUAUUGAAAAUGAAUAAGAAAACUAAAAUGGAUAUUAACACACUUGUGGAAACUCUCAAAUCUAGGUACCCUCGAGCCAUUACAAAUACAGAAAUCACGUCACACCUUCAUUUAUUUUGCAAACAUUCUCCUUCAUACUUUUCGUUAAAUACAUUUGGAACUCUAAAAGUAUUUGAAAUGAAAAUGAACGCGAAAUUCGAAGUAACGAAACAAAGUUUGGAGAGUGGAAUGCAACAAGAACAUUGA